AUGCACCAAGUACCGGAAGUUGGACUCUCGGAGGCCACCCUUGAAAGCACUGAAGGCGGCACGAUCAUCAAUAUCUGGGCAGCGGGAGUAUUCGUGGCUGAACCUAGUUGCAUACUCCCGAAGGGGCUCGUCCUCACCCUGUCUAAGCAUGUACAGGUCGUCCGCGGAGUAGAGGUGAUCAGUCUGGAUCAUGAAAUGGUCCAAGAAGGCCUGCUUCAGACUGUCAAAUGUGUUGAUGGUGCUGAGGUUCAGCCUGUACAACCAAUUCAGGGCCGCGCCGUUGAGGGUGGAAGGGAAGAUGAGGCACAUGCCUUCGUCAUUUAA